UUGGGGAGUGGCAGCAGCGUCUCACAUGGGACCCGAAGGAGGACAGGCUACUGUUCCUCUGGCUGUUUACUCGCGACUGAACCCCUCUGUUAUGGCAGCAUGCCAGUCAUGAACAGGUCAGGCUUGUUGAGUAAGGCAGGUUUGAGGAGAUUAUUGUCGUCAGAUGAAGUGUGGACUUUAGGAAGAAAGAGGAACCAAGUGGAAUUUGUCCCGGCUGAGCAGGAAUCGAACAAUCCUCCAACCAGUCCCUCUCACAGGUACAGCCGACAGAAACAGGCUCAUCUUCACCUUAUCAGUCCUGAAAGAAUCACCAUCACUGAAGGAGGAAGCGCUUCAUGUCAGUGUGACUCUGUGAAGCCUUUGAAAACGGGACCCGAGGUUAUUGAAGAAAACGCUCAGAAGAAGAUACAAGGGUUUUACGAGGACACCUGCGCACCCAAGAGAGAGAGACCACAGCAUUCAUCUAAAACGCCAAUGAAGCCAGUAUUAAAUAUCCAGCAUUUCACACUCAACCGUGAGCCAGACUCACACAGAGCUCCAAAAAUGUCAUCUGACAAGAAAGAGGAUCUCCAAUUGGACUCUAGAAAGAGCCAUCAUAAGGACGACGCAAAGACAAUGAAUGUGGUCAAUGGCAGCGCAACAGCAGACACCACAGCUCUAAAUGUCCAGAAUAACCAGCGACUGCACAGUGUGCUGGCGCUGAACAACAACCACAAUAUAUUCGACCAGGGGCAGUGGAGCUCAUGUCUUUCAUACUCCAAAACCAAUGUGCAAAAAACAUGCACAAACGACACAGCCAAAGACAAUCCGCUCAUCGAGAGCUUGAUUCUGGAAGCUGUAAGUGUGGAAAUAAGAAAGGCAGAGGAUAGUCCAUCUUGUGAUGUUAGUCUGUCUGAAAUAGACGAGAAGUCAGAAGCCAUUUCGUUUCAUAGUGACCAAGCGCUCGGUUGGUCUGAAGAAGACUUUCUUGAUGAAGAAAAGAACGAAGCUCUUCAAGCAAAUAGUUGCUGUUUGGUUUUUGAUGAAUCUCAUCAUGACAAACCAGAAGGACAAUCACAUUUUGAAAGACAGCCCACCAUAGAGUCAACCCUGUCAGAAAUUCUCUCACCUGUAGAUGAGGUUUUGUCCUAUGGAAGUGCAGAACUUCCCCCGUCUGCUAACGGAGGAGGUCUUGACAGCUACGGUUAUGCUCCUGCCUUUGAGAUCAUCACAUGGACGAGUGAAGAUCAAGCACCGGCAGAUUCUGCAGAAGAUCUCUCUAUUAACAGCGAGAACCUCCCACCUCUCCCUGUGGACUUCGCUCGGCAAAUAAAAGAGCCUCAAAGUUUGUGCUCUACCAGGGAAAAACAGGAAAACGAUGAUACUAAUGAGGACGCUGAUGAAAACAAUUGUUCGGAUCACACUAGCUCACUUGCAGAAGAUCUGAGAAAUGAAACAUCAGAUCCGUUGUCCUCCUUUCGGAUUGGAGACAGAGUUCUAGUGUGUAACUGUAGAGCAGGUGUGCUGAAAUAUAAAGGCCUUACAGCAUUCGCGACUGGUUUUUGGGCUGGUGUGGCUUUGGAUGCCCCUUGUGGAAACCACAAUGGAACAUUUCGAGGUGUGAAAUACUUUAGCUGUGAAAAAAGCCACGGUGUAUUGGUCAGAGUUGAGGACAUACACAGAGAACAUGGUAGCGAUGUAGAGACUGGGGUUGAUGAAGAUCCAUUUUCAGAUGAGGAACUGACUUGCGCUAUGAGAGAUAAACUGCUGAAGGACGCAUUGGGAGCAGAUGGACAAAAAGGAUAUAGUCAGUGUUUUAAUAGAGAUGAGACCAUGCCUAUUGACACUAUACAGAUACAGCAAAAGGAAACUCGUGAUGGCACAUCAAUUGGUGUAAGAAAUCUUUCACAUCCCUCUGAAAUGUCAUUGAAAAGAUGUUUCAUGAAGCCUCGAUCUGCCCACGACUACAGGCAGGCAAAGGUCAAAACAGGCACAGACAAGAGCAUGUGGACCACAGUUAAGCUCCAUCAUAAUGGACAAAUUAGGCAUCAUGUGGAUGCUAAGCUGACAGAAGAUCUGGAUAAAGAUGGAGUUGACUCUGCACAGGAUACCAAAAAGAGACAAAGAAUUAAAUCACUGACUGACAGUCAAUCUACAGACAUCGAUGUCAGACAAGGAGAGGAUGGCUAUUUUAUGCCAUGUGUCUUGGAGCAAUGGCAUCAGGCCCAAACUGAAAUGCCAGCAAAGAUAAAAGUGGCGCCCCAUGAAGACAGCAUUGUGUACAGAUUAGUUGACGCUUCGGUGGAGAUUCUGUACAGCCAAGCAAAUGAAGACACUCUUGACCUUUACGAAACACCAAGCUAUCUAUUAGACGAUGACAGCCGCAAACGUUAUCGACAGGUGAUCUUCCAGUUAACGUCUGAUGUUCUUCAUGAGAUUUUGGGUGAUCUAUUAUGGACAAAACAAUCUACACAGUAUAUACAUGAUCGAUCUGUUGCUUCAGCUCUGCGAUCGAGUACAAUUACAGUCACAUUUUUAAAGGCUGUAGUGAGAAAAGAGAUCCAGAAACUUCUGAAUUUAGAGAGAAAUGAGCACCAGAUGACAGAGAUGCUCCAGAAACUGUGCAAAUACUGGUACGCCAAGAGAGACAGAGUGGACUUUAUACUGAUUCAGGAACUUCAUAACGAGGAGAGACGUUGGCUGGACUACAGAGCAGACCAGUACACUGUGAAAAUGCAUCUGACUGAAGAGAUUUUCAGCCUUCUUUUGGAUGACACAAUAUUAGCACUUAAUCAUAUGCACUUUUAACACAAAAGUCUUUGAUGACACGUUCAUAUUUUAAAUCUCUUG